GAGCUGGUGACUUUAAAAGCGCGAAGACUUAAAAUGAAUAAUCAUAUCAACAUGAGGGCGUCAGUGGUCUUUGUUCUGGUCAUCGCAAGCUUGUUGUGUGCGACGUCAGGGAAGGCGCCGGCGCAAUUCUUCUGCGGGAGAAGACUCGCAGACACGCUGGCUCUGUUCUGCCCGUCCGCUGAGCUGGUGAAGAGAUCAGGGCACCACGGGAGGUGGCACUACCCCGGCAACGAGGUGCUGGGUGCGGGCGACGAGGGCUGGCUCCAUGAGCUAGGUUUUGGCGGCGCUGGGUUGGAGAGCUGGCUGUUACGCGGAGCGCUGAGCGGCUCCCGCGGCAAGCGAGGAGUCAUCUCCGAGUGCUGCGACCAGCCUUGCACCAUCGAGGAGCUGCUCACCUACUGCUGAAGCGAACCUGGUCAUCGCACAAACUAUUAACGGAGCCAUCAACAUCAUACUUCAUGUUCGCAUAACCAAUAUGUUUAAUCUCAAUUAUCAUAAAGGGGAGAGAGAACUUUACCUUAAAAACCUAUCUUAGUGUUAGGUGUAAUGAUAAUAUAAAGUUCCAUUUGCUUCAUUAGGCGCUACACUGCUUUCUGUAAUGAGUUAUACAGUCAAAGGUAUGUAUUUUAAUUGAACACGGUUGUUUUUAUUAAUGUUACUAUAAAAUUGUUUGUUUUUUUAAAGUAUUUUAAGAGCAAUAGUGUAUAUACUGUCUAUGCUUUCUACCUGUUUCAAAACUACUUUAAUUGGAUUAUCGGAUCGGAUCGGAAUCGGAUUAAGCGCUUUAUAAUUUGUUAAAAGUGCUGUAUUGAUUGAGACUGUUGUAUAUAGCGUUUAUUAUUCUUUUAUAACUUUCAAUAACAUCUUUUUAUUAUAGUUGGUUGUGUUAUUUA